AGUACCUGCCGCCAGGUGGCGACAAAAGCGACUUCCAUGAAGCGCACGAGCUGCCGCGCGCCUGCACUGCUUUUCCGCGGGGAUGAGGACGAAGUGCAGAACUUCAAGCAGGAGAAGACAGAAGUGAGUUUCUCCCGUACCUGUACGUGUCAGACAGUGAACUGAGCCAGGACAGUUACCCCCGCAGACCAAGCGGUGAGCAAAGCGCCAAACAGGCCAGUGCAGUGAAGAGGAAACGCACACGAGCUGUACCACAGUAAAUUAUGCAGCAUCGGCGGCUCCGCGCGCUCACUGGCGUCUUCUUGCUGCAUCUAGUUUUCGGGAUGCGCAUCGCGACGGGAUCAGACCAGGAUCCUAAUGUUGCAGCCACACCCUUUAGGAAUGUCUCUAGAGGUGCAGAGAAAGACCAUUUCCUGGUGUUGGAGGCCCCAAUGAACAACAUCACAGCCUCGCUGGGCCAGGCUGCAGAGCUGCACUGCCAGGUGUCAGGCAACCCAGUGCCUACCAUCCGCUGGCUAAAGAACGAUGCCCCUGUGGUGCAGGAGCCCCGGCGCGUGUCCUACAGGUCGACAGGCUACGGCUCACGGUUGCGCAUCCGCAACCUGGAUACCACAGAUACUGGCUACUUCCAGUGCGUGGCCACCAAUGACUUUGGCACCGUGUCCACCACUGGUGUGCUCUAUGUCAAGUUUGACCCAAAUCUCAACCCCGAUGCUGGAAGACAACCUUCUGAUGAGGAGGGAUUCUGCCAGCCGUACAGGGGCAUUGCCUGUGCUCGCUUCAUCGGCAACCGCAGCAUCUUUGUGGACACCCUUCAGAUGCAGGGCGAGAUCGAGACCCAAAUUACAGCGGCUUUCACCAUGAUCGGCACUUCGAACCACCUCUCAGACCGCUGCUCACAGUUUGCCAUCCCUUCGCUGUGCCACUUCGCCUUCCCGGCAUGCGACAGGAGUUCGGGCACCGACCGGCCCCGUGACUUGUGCCGGGACGAGUGUGAGAUCCUGGAGAAUGACCUGUGCAAAACAGAGUACAUCAUUGCCCGCUCAAACCCUGUCAUCCUCAAGCACCUCAAGCUGCCCAACUGCGAGGACCUGCCAGCGUCGGACAGCCCGCAGGCAGCCAACUGCAUGAGGAUUGGCAUCCCCAUGCCGGAGCCCAUCAACAAGAACCACAGGUGCUUCAACAGCAGCGGUGCUGACUACAGAGGCACAGUGAGCGUAACCAAGUCAGGCCUCCAGUGCCAACCUUGGAACUCGCAGUACCCCCACAGCCACAGCUAUGUGGCCGUCCGCUACCCUGAACUCAACGGCGGCCACUCCUACUGCCGCAAUCCAGGCAACAAGCAGGUGGCACCCUGGUGCCUGACCUUGGAUGAGAACGUGCGCAUGGAGCUCUGCGACAUCCCAGUGUGUGACUCACACGAGAGCCACGGCGGUACUGGUGGCAGCGCCGAGAUCCUCUACAUCCUCAUCCCCAGCGUGGUCAUCCCCCUGGCCAUCAGCCUGCUCCUCCUCGUCGUCUGCGUUUGCCGCAACAGCCAGAAGAUCUCGAGCCCGGCUGCUUCUCGCCGGCCCAAACCUGUGCGGGAGAUGUCCAUGUUCAACAGCUACAAGCCCAAGAACAAGGCAAAGGAGCUGCCCCUGUCCGCAGUGCGCUUCAUGGAGGAACUUGGACAGUGCUCCUUUGGAAACAUCUACAAGGGUCACCUAUAUCUGCCAGGGAUGGAGCAUGCUGAGCUGGUGGCCAUAAAAACCCUGAAGGAGGUGUCAAGCCCACAGCUGUGGGGUGAGUUCCAGCAGGAGGUGUCGCGUGUGGCCGAGCUCCAGCACCCCAAUGUGGUUUGCCUGCUGGGUGUGGUCACCCAGGAGCCGCCUGUCUGCAUGCUCUUCGAGCUGCCCGGCUGGGGAGACCUGCACGAGUUUCUCACCCUGCGAUCCCCACACUCUGAUGUUGGGGGCAGCGCCCACAAUGACAGCAUGCCACACUCCAGCCUGGACCGCACUGACUUCCUGCAUCUGGCUGUCCAAGUGGCUGCUGGUAUGGAGUACCUGUCUGGCCGACACUUUGUCCAUAAGGACCUGGCUGCACGCAACGUGCUUGUGGGAGAACAGCUGCACAUCAAGAUUUCGGACCUGGGGCUGGCCCAAGAGACGUACUCUUGUGACUAUUGCCGUAUACAGCCCAAGUCUAUGGUGCCAGUGCGCUGGAUGCCUCCAGAAGCUAUAGCUUAUGGAAGGUUUUCCACCGACUCGGACAUCUGGGCCUUUGGCGUGUUGCUGUGGGAAAUCUUCAGCUUUGGCCUGCAGCCCUACUACGGCUUCAGCAACCAAGAGGUGAUGGAGAUGGUGCGUGGGCGGCAGCUGCUACCUCGCCCAGAGGACUGCCCCGCUCACGUGUAUGCCAUGAUGGCGGAGUGUUGGCACGAGAGUCCCGCUCGACGGCCUCGCUUUACAGAGCUACAUGCGCGUCUGCGAGCGUGGCAAGGCCCUCCUUCUCUCACCAGCUCCGCCUCGCCCUCCGGUGGCCACAGCACCACACAGACCACAUCUCUGAGUGCCAGCUCCAUUAGCAGCGGUGGAGGCCCCCAGUGUGCCGGCUACAUGCGUUCAGCCCAGGCUCUGCCAUCGGCUCAUACCACUGCCUUCCUGGCAGGGCCUGGCCCCCAGGGCCCGAGGUUCAUCCCCGUUAGCGGGUAUCAAAUAACCCCAGGUUAUACGCACCUCCAGGCGCGAGGUGGGCUAGUGCCCCGUGGGCCCCAGCACUGCCCACCUCCAAAGAGCCGCUCUCCCAGCAGCGCUAGCGGCUCCACGAGUACGGGUCACGUGACCAGCGUCCCCUCCACAGGCUCCACCCAUGAGGCUAACACGCCCCUUUUGGCACAUUGUGUUCCCCUCUCCACCCUUCCGGGUGGUCACACUCGGACACAUGGCCUAGACAGCUCCGCAGAUGGACCCAACGCCCUGCCGGUGGACUGCAGUAGACACAUGUACACUGAAUCCAUGGUCACUGCUGACCUGUAAAUACUUUUGUACUUUAAAAUUUAUUGUUAUUGUUAAAAUUAUUUUGUUUACCUUCUUUUUUUAUGUAUAAAGGCUAGAUUAUGAGUAAAUAUUUGAAAUGCGGAUGUUGCAAAAAAUAGGAUGAAAACAGCCUCACUAUCGCACAUCCACUUGCGGUGACCCACUAUACUCUAGUUAGGUUUAACUUUAACUCCGUACACUGAGAAAUACAUAUGGACAAGUUGUUAUCCUGUUCACGUAACAUCAGGGG